GACACGCAAGUUAUCUCGGGGAUCUUGCACGUGACCAAAGCACGUGAAACACGCCCAAAGGAGUACACACGAGCCAGCCCAAGCGAACGCUAAGCAAUAAGAAAUACCAUGCCGAUUAAGGAGAAGCCGAGAACAGCAGCAGCAGCAGACGGCUAAAAGGUGGAUAGCGGGCGCGGCUGAGUGGCACGGAGCGAGGGCGUCACCGUGGAUCGAGCCGGGCUACGAGGUGGGGAAGAAGAGCUGCUCUGCCUCGAGAGAAAAAAAUCCAAGAGCCUCGUGACGGAGGGCAUUCGCACGGCCCUGGCGCGGCUGCGGCACGGCACCCCUGCCGGGGGCUCCCUGCCGACAACUCCCAAUCCGACGCCCGAGCACAAGGCCCACGGAUGCCCGGAGUACCGAGGGUCUCCCGUCAAGGGAAGUCCUGCCUGCAAGGGUAACGGCAGGCCACCGGGUGACCCGAGUCACCCACCAGCCAACGCAAUGACGGCUACCGCGUCCUCAUCGUCGCGCGAGCACCGCAACAGCCACGCGGGUCUGCGGGACAACGACUUCCUGGCUAACGCCGCUUCGGCGCUACAGCGUCGCUUUCACUUUACCAAGUCGAGUGGUAACAGGAACAAUGUUCCCAAGCUCAUCAUUCGGGACUCGAGUACUGCCUCGGAGACGACCAUCAACACCAGCACCGACAGUCAGACCACGCUCAUCACGCUGGUAAACACAACGGACAGUGAGCAACACGACGACAGCCUGGAUCUUAUGGACGUGCAUCCUGAGUUCUCACCUCCACCCGUGACCUCGUCAUCGUCAUUUCACCCGCACCAACAUCAUUAUAAUCACCAGCAGCAGCAGCAGCAGCAACAGCCAACAACAGGACAUAGCAACGGUGUAUCAGCCAUUACUGCUAUCGUCACUGCUGCAACGGCCACUGCAACUGCCUCUGCUGUGAACUCGACGUCGCCACCGCCACUUCAGCAGCAAAAGCAGAGGAGGCAGUCUUCCUCGCCACCCACGCCUCAGUCUGGCACCACGAACUCACAGACCAUGAACGCCCAGCUGCCAGCUAGGCCCAUUGAGUGUGCUGCCCAGAUGAACGGGUUAUCGUCGUCGGCGAAUGUUUCGCCGACCGCGCUUCACAACGGUCACGCCAAUGGCCCGACAACAGCGGUGCCGAUGAUAUCGAUGACGAACCUUUGCGUCGGCGGUACGAACAGUCCGGGCGCGCCACCACCCACGCCGAUGAUCGGACCGCACCAAGAGUCGAGGUUCACUUUUCCGGGGUUGGAAAUCAGUAGACCAAAACCCGCGCUGCCGGAUCUCAGGGCUGCUGACUUCUUUAGCCAGCCAGUGCGGGGCUCGGUGGACGCCGGCCAGCCGGACCCCCAACAGAUAAGCUCGAUGUUGGCACUGGUAGCGGCCAAGGAGAAACAGCGAGCCUCGCCACCGUCGUCACUGGCUAAGCCUCUCGAGCCCCAGACCGUCAUAGUGGGAGUCCAGCCGGCCCAGUGCAACGGAAACGCUGGAUCAAACGCCGGCAGUCCGGUGGACACCAAGCAGGCGUCCUCGGGUUCGAGGAGUCCGACUUUGGCCAACGCCAAGCCGAACAUCAACGUAACUACUAAUCCGCUCGACAUAUCGCUGUGCGCCAACGGGACGGUGAACGGAAAUGGCUCGAGUGGCGGUACCACUGGGACUGGCUUCGGCGUUGGAGGAGCUGGCAGAGGACGAGGGAGACCGACUGAAUCUCAUCCCCUUGUUUCGACCAUUCAUUCAUGGGUCAGGCUCUUUUUCCCGUUUUGCGCAAUAGGUGGAAAUGCAGCUGGUGGCAAGAGAACGGCCCAGGCGACGAUUGUCGUGCAGCAGCCGUCUCUGUCCCUGGACGCACCCGCGGCGACGAUUCUGCUGAGGCCCGCUGAUCCCGAUGCCAAGAGGCGCGAGGAGAACAUGAGGCAACUCCUCGACGUCGCGAAUUCGCUGACGCUGCAGGAGUACCAUGACUUCGAGAUGAGAUAUGGCAGUCCGCACCACAACCGCUCGCAGUCAGUAAGGACACCGGGCAGCCGAGCCUCGGGUCGACCAAACUACCUGUGCCUGCCGCAGCAGAGGUCGAGGGUGGCCUCGAUGCCCAACACCGGCGUCGAAGAGGACUUCUACCGGCUGCGGCACUUUAGCAUCACCACCAAGGGCGUCGUCAACCGUGGCGACUCCCUCAAGAGCCGUCGCUCCCGCUCCAACAACAGCGUCGCCUCCAGCAAUUCGAGCACGGAGCACCUGACCGCCUCGUAUCCGGGCUCGGCGCGCAACUCGGCGGCUGGUUCGUUAGCCAGUUCGCGGGAGAGCAGCGCGUCCCAGGGCCCGGCGCCGUACCGGGUGCUCAUGCUUGGAGCUUCGGCUGUUGGGAAGAGCUCUCUCGUCUCGCAGUUCAUGACUUCCGAGUAUCUUCACGCCUACGACACGUCCGUCGACGACGAGUCGGGCGAGAAGACGGUCAACAUACUGCUCAACGGCGAGGAGUCCGAGCUGACCUUCAUCGACCACCCGAGCUCCGAGAUGGCGCCGGAGAACUGCAUUGCGACAUACGAGCCACACGGAUACUGUGUUGUCUACUCGACAGCCGACCGCUCGUCAGCUCGCGUAGCCGAGGAAGUUCUCCAAUCACUUUGGCGCAGCGACCACAUGUCGGCCCGAGCAGUAAUACUUGUCGGCAACAAGGUCGAUCUCGUGCGAUGUCGUUUUGUGACUACUGAAGAGGGAAAACAGAUGGCGAUAAACUACGACUGCAAAUUCAUCGAGACCGCGGUCAGCAUAAACCACAACGUGGACGAGCUGCUCGUCGGCCUCCUCAGCCAAAUUCGAUUAAAGCUCGAGAAUCCGGAGCGUUGCCGGGACAUAAUCCGGCGACGAUCGCGUCGCAACCGUAGCCGGUCGCCAAUCGGCUCGUGCUCGGAAAACAACUCGCCGAAGAAGUACAGGGGCAGCAGGACGAGCGCGAGCUUGAAGGUGCGAAGUUUGCUGGGCAAGGUCUGGGCGCGCGACAGCAAGUCCAAAAGCUGCGAGAACCUGCACGUGUUGUAGAAAACGGAUGGAGAGGAACAAGAAGAGGAUACAGUAACAAUGCAAAUAAUAAUUUUAUUUUAAGGAUUUUAAUCGUAAAAAAAAGGAUACAUACAACAUGUUGCAAUGUAAACGUAUGAAAAAAAAAAGAAAAAACGCAAAAAAUUCCAAGACUGAUUGUCGUUACGUGGGUGAUGCCUGGGGUUUCUCGAAAAAUCCCCGGCUGAUUUGAUCUCGUAUUCCUUUAUCUCGUCUCUUGCUCUCGUCGCUGUCGCUGUUCUUUAUUGUAACUAUUACGAUUACUACGUACGAGAUGAAAGUUAAAAUCAGGACGGACGAGUUUUAUGUAAAUCAGCGACGAUGUACGUUAUUUUUAUCUUUACCGUAUUACAUAGCCGUGUUUUUCCCCCGACAUUGUGCAUGAGUGAGUGUGUGUGCGUGCGCGUGUGCGUAUGAGUUCACGGGAUUCUUAGUUGUCGUGCAGACGUGCUCGGUGGAAUCGAUUUUGUAAGAAUGAUUUAUUUCUCUGCUGUCCGCCGUAACGCGAUGGAAUUUAAAUUACAAAUUUUUAAAAACAUAGAAGAAGACAUGAAUUUACAUAUAAUGUACAUGUACGAAGAUUUUAUGCGUCCCCGUUGUAUACUUUUCCCGAAGUUUUUCCAUUUCAAGAUAUAUUUUUGAUAAACAGAACUUUUGGUUUAUUGACUGGUAAAAAAAAAGUAUUUUUUAUAAAAAAACAUGGUUGAUUAAUUUCGCAGCUUCGAUUAUACUUACUCAGUACCUUAGUUAUAAUUUUGCGCAUCUACGCACAAAUACUUUUUUUACAAAAAUCAUAUCCAUACACUGAGAUUGUAUUUUGAUACCUCCUUUUUUUUU